CCGAGUCUAAACCUACGUUUUAAACGUAACUGCUGCAUGGGUGCUGCAAUAUUAAAAGAAAAUGUUUUCUGCAUACUCCUGUUUCGUUUUCGUCGUCGUGGCGUUGUUCGUACAAAACCCGGCGUCUUCUGUCGAUGUCGAACAGCCGAUCGUGAAAACGUCAACAGCGACUUUCUAUGGAAAGCGACUCGAUCUACAACCUCAUCAGCUUCCAGUCGACUACCACGGCAGUGUAUCAGUUUUUACACGGAUUCCAUACGCUGAGCCACCCGUAGGUCAACUCCGAUUUACAAGCCCCAUUGCCAAGGUCAUCCAGGGAGAUUUCGACGCGACUAGACCUUCUGUAGUAUGUCCACAGGAAAGGAGUGAGCUUUGGGAAGUCAAGCCAGAACAAUCUGAAGAUUGCCUUACCCUCGAUGUACUCGUCCCCAAUCCAAAGCCCCAUAAUGCAGCUGUAAUGAUGUGGAUUCAUGGUGGUGGAUACCAUAUCGGAGGCGGAUCUCUUCCAGGUCAGCUCCCCGCCCCUUUAGCCGCUUUUAAUGACGUCAUCGUGGUCACUAUAAACUACAGACUAGGGGCACUAGGAUUCAUGACUACCGGUGAUGGUUCGAUACCAGCAAACAUUGGCCUCUUAGACCAAAGACAAGCUCUUAUCUGGAUUCAAGAUAAUAUUGAAGCUUUUGGAGGCGACCCAGCAAGGGUGACAAUUUUUGGAGAGAGCGCUGGGUCGGCAAGUAUCAACUUUCACCUUUUGUCGACAAUGAGUGCUGGCCUUUUCUCAAGAGCAAUUAUGCAGAGUGGAGCCUCCACCAAAACUUGGUCCUAUCACUCUAACAUGGCGGAAGCAGUUCGAAUGUCCUCCAACGUCGCUAAAGCUGUUGGUUGCGACGUUGAAACAACAAGUGAACUUGUACGGUGUCUCCGACGUGUACCUGUGAAGGAUCUUAUUGAAGUAGAAGGGAUUUCGCGGAUGUCGAGUGAACUUUUUGUACAUCCUGUGGCUGAUGGUCAAUUCUUGCCUGAUGACCCGAUAAACAUGGCGUCAGCAGGAAGGUUCAAUCAAGUUGAUGUGAUCAUUGGUUGCAUGGCGAACGAAGGAUCUUACCGCUUCAUCCCUGAUCCGAAGAAGGGCCAAGAAGGAACGACACCACAUCCUAUGAACCAUACAGAAUUCCGUCACACCAUUUCUAGGAACCUAGGCACGGAUGACCCCAUCACUCUCGACAUAGCCGAGCAACUCUAUGCAUCACCAGAUGAGUUGUCCAAGGACGAUGCCAACUUCGUAUCACAUGCCACCGCACUGAUUGGCCAGGCCAUGUUCCUCUGCCCGACCUUCGAUCUCUCUGCGGAACUUUCUAGGGCAGGAAGGAACGUCUACCCGUACCUGAUGUCUCACGUCCCUUCCUUCUCAAUAUGGGGCAGCAAGUAUGACUGGCUUGGUGCCACACAUGUGGAAGACAUUACCUAUGUGUUUGGUGCACCUUUCAUGGGACAUCCCGACGACGACGACUGGAAAAUGACGGGUCGAUUCGGCAACGACCAAGAAGUCGAGAUGUCGCUUCAGAUCAUGAGAUACUGGUCCAACUUUGCAAAAACAGGGGAUCCAAAUUUAUCAACCGAAGGUGAAGAAGCUGGCUCGAAGUAUCAGGCUUGGUCCAGAUACAACCCAUCAGCAACUAGCUACAAAGAAUUGAAUCCUACAUUCGAGAACCGUGAAGGAACACCGAAAUCAAAGGAAUGCUACUUCAUCAAGAACCUGGUCCCAAAACUCAUUGCCAACGCAGAAGAGAUGGCCCACCUGAAAUCUCUAUUGGAAGACAAGGUCAGAGAAGACAGUACUGAAUCUUGUCAUACCCAACAGUCAUGCCCAGAACAAUGAGGACAUCAAACAGACCAACGGGGCACGGAUACAUAUUUUCUGAGAGGAUGGUUCAAUGGCGCUUCAUAUUGGUUGAGAUCGCUCGAUAGCUCCAACGGAUCAAAUUUGACUAGAAUCCUGACAUAGGCAUAUGUACUUGUACCAUUUGUUAUAAAAUGAUUGU